UCUUUGCGACGGAUAUGAAACACGAUGGCGUCUGGGAAAUUGAGUUGUUUUUGCGCUUCGGUCUUUUUGCUGUUACGUUAUAUUAAUAUGUGACAUAUAUUUUUUCUGAUGUAUACACGGAGAAAAAUAUAUAAUCACUUGUUUUGGGAGGAUGAGGAGGCGUCAGAUUAUUUUGUGACACAAGUUUCUUUGUGUGACAGCCAUUUCCGGACAGAAGGGGUCACAUGACAGCUCGACAAGUCGAUGAGACACACCGUCGCAGAGAUGGCGAUAUUCAGUGUUUAUUUGGUGAAUAAGGCCGGGGGAUUAAUCUACCAGUAUGACAACUAUGUUCCCCGAGCAGAGGCAGAAAAAACCUUUAGCUAUCCUUUAGAUCUGGUGCUCAAAAUCCACGACGAGAAGGUUAUUGUGUCAUUUGGACAACGUGACGGAAUCCGAGUGGGACAUGCAGUGCUCUCUAUAAACGGAGUGGACGUGAUGGGGAAGAAUACCGCUGAUGGGAAGGACGUUAUUGAAUAUCUAAAGGACUCCUCAAACUACCCGGUGUCUAUUCGUUUUGGACGGGCCCGUUUGAGCUCCAACGAGAAGCUGAUGCUGGCAUCUAUGUUCCACUCGUUGUUUGCGAUUGGUUCACAACUGUCCCCGGAAGUCGGCAGUUCUGGGAUAGAGAUGUUGGAAACGGAUGUCUUUAAACUGCAUUGCUUCCAGACACUAACUGGGAUAAAGUUUAUAGUCCUGGCAGAUCCACGGCAGUCCGGCAUUGAUGCAUUGCUGAGAAAGAUUUACGAGAUCUAUUCAGACUUUGCCCUCAAGAACCCCUUUUACUCUCUGGAGAUGCCUAUCAGGUGUGAACUUUUUGAUCAGAAUUUGAAGAUCGCAUUAGAGGUGGCAGAGAAGGCUGGAAGCUUUGGACCUGGUUCUUGAACUUGAGAAGACAAAACUAGACUGCCUGAACUAGGUCAUGUAUAUUCAAAACAGAUGUGUUGAAGUACCGUUGAGACACAUUCUAAUGUUGGAUUUUUGCUAAUGAUGUGGUUAUAUUUGUUGCAUUGUAAAUAUGACAUGUUGUGUAAAUACCUUGGGAAUAAAUUCCUGUUCAUAUCUUUGUCUUUUUAAGUUUGCAAUCAUAUCCAACCUGAUCUAACCAUAUUUAGCAGACAUUUGUAUGAUUAGGCUUGAAUUAUACAAAAUGAGAGUGAGAGUGAACUAUGACAAAUGUAGUUAACUUUACGAUUCCUUAAAAUAUGACCAUGCACCCCAUAAAUGUACUCACAUGAACAAUAUUUAUAGUUCCCAGCAAAAUAAUUGAAAGUUGUUAAAAAAAACUAUGAACAUGAUACACCUUUCGAAAAAUGUUUGCAAAAAAUGCAGCACCAUGAAUGUAUAAGACUGUUUCAUACAAUGGACACAAAUUGUACUAUAAAAAGUGGAAAGAAACAAAGGUAAAUUA